AUGGCAAGAAUGGACGAUAGAAUUACAAGCCAUGGGAAUGGGGGAGAAGAAUAUAGUUCAGAAGAUCCCUGCAUCCCAGUGUUGAAUUCCAUUAGAGGAAAGAUAGAUGGAUUGCCUCCUCUAUCUAAUGAUUGUUGCAUCUUUAGAGUUCCCAAGAGACUUCGCGAUAUAAAUGAAAAGGCUUUUACACCUCAGAGUGUUUCCAUCGGUCCAUUUCAUCGUGGCAAAGAACACUUGGAAGCCAUGGAAAAGGAUAAAGUGAGAUACAUGCAGUCAUUCCUUAAUCGUACUAGCACGAGUUUGGAGAGUUUUAUAAGAAAGGUAAAGGAUUGGGAAGGGAGCGUUCGAAGCUGUUAUACAGAAAGCAUUAACCUUAGCAGCAAAGAUUUUGUUGAAAUGAUUCUUUUGGAUAGUUGUUUCAUCGUUGAGGUCAUUUAUAGGAGCUAUUCCAGUUCAAGCAAACAAACCGAUUACUUGGAUAGGAAAGUGUUUACGAAUAAGUUAAUCCAGGACAUGAUUUUAAUUGAAAAUCAGCUUCCCUUCUUUGUUCUCGAGGAUCUGUUCAACCUAUCAUCCAUCAUUCCCAAACAGAAAACCACUUCCUUCAUCAUGCUUUCCAUCAGGUACUUGAAACGUUUUUAUGUUAUCAGCCACAUCGAAGAAUCAUUUCUAAGAAAUGCUGGAGUAAAGAAUUUUGUUAAUUUGCUAAGGUUAUGUCACUUACCAUCAUCUCCAAGGUCACUGCCAUGCAACUAUGUGCCGGUACCCACUGCAACACAGCUUCAGGAGGCAGGAAUGAAGUUUAAGAAGGGCUCAAGCAACUGCAUGCUUGACAUAACACGUGGCAGCAUGGAAUUGUUGGAGAUCCCCCAUUUGACCAUAUGGAGUGGGACAGAAUCUUUACUUCUAAACCUGGUGGCGCUGGAGGAAUAUCAGUAUUUGUUUGAUAGUUACAUAAUUGAUUAUAUUUAUUUCAUGGAUCGCCUUAUUGACUCUGCUAAAGAUGUGGAUUUACUUGUCCAAAAUAAAAUUUUUGAGAACAGAUUAGGCGAUAGCUCUGCAGUGGCAAGUCUCUUUAAUAAGCUCGCCUUGCAAGUGUCUUUGUGUGAUCGUAACUAUUACUACAGUGAUCUAAGUGAUAGCCUAAAUGACUAUUGCAAUAAUUGGUGGCACAGGUCAAAGGCAGUACUAAAACGUGAUUAUUUCUGCUCUCCAUGGAGAUGCGUUUCUACUCUCGCUGCACUUACUCUGCUUGGACUUACAUUGACACAAACCAUAUGUUCCAUAUUAUCCCUUUAG